AUUGUAUUGUGUUCACAGAGCUCACAAGCUAUCAGAAAGUUGUAUGGCAACCACCUCCGGCGCCAAAUAGAACUGGCAGACAUAGACAUUCAGUACAAGAAGAAAAAGAUGGAAAAUCUUGCACUGGAGUCCGAAAUAAAAAAGAGGACAAUUAGGAAACUGGACCUUGAAAUAAAAAAACUUGAGGGAGCUCCAAGAAGAUGACACAGCUCAAAAUAAAAAUUAGCAAUCAGUACAACCAAGUCAUCGUUAUAAGGCAUCGCCCUCUUUUGCCCACCCCCCCAGCACCAGGUGUGGCCACUAGCCUAUAUGAAGGCCCAAAAUUGUGUGCUCCUUUCUGCUCUGACAAUGGCAUGCCCAUUCGUGCGAGAUGUGGUGGAUGAAGAAGCACUUGUGCUGAGAGCCUUCAGGCGAGAAAGGGUCUUCAGGGACCGGUUGGACCCACUGGCCUUCCCCGAUGACCAUCUAUAUGAAAGAUACAGGUUUUCUGCAGAUGGCAUCAGGUAUCUAUGCAGACUACUGGGUCCCAGGAUUAAGCACCGCACUGCACGGAGCCAUGCACUGAGUGUGGAGCAAAUGGUUUGUGUGGCCUUGCGCUUUUUUGCUAGUGGAGCCUUCCUGUACUCAGUGGGGGAUGCUGAACAAGGCCACAAUUUGCCGCACAAUAAGGAGUGUGUGUCUGGCUUUCAAAGCAUUAGCAGAUGUCUUCAUCUCCUUCCCUGGCCACAGAAGACUCUGUGACAUCAAAGAGGAGUUCUAUAGGAUUGCAGAUGGUCUGCAAUGCUGACUGUGUGAUCAGCAAUGUUGUGGCAAAAUGGCCUGGCUCAGUCCAUGACUCCAGAAUCUUUCGGGCCUCUGAAAUCUAUCAGUGCCUAUCACAAGGUGAAUUCUCUGGUGUGUUGCUGGGAGACAGGGGGUAUGGCUGCCAGCCUUUUCUCCUGACACCUUUCACAGACCCCCAGGAAGCACAGCAGGCCUACAACCAUGCCCAUGCCAGGACCAGGGCCAGAGUUGAAAUGACCUUUGGCCUCCUGAAGGCACGCUUUCACUGUCUUCACAAAUUAAGGGUCAGCCCUGUUAGGGCAUGUGAUAUUACUGUGGCUUGUGCUGUCCUCCACAAUGUGGCCUGCCUGAGGAAGGAGAGGGCCCCCAGAGUGCCACCAGCCAUGGACUGGGACAAUCCGGCAAUCUUCCCUGAUGACGACAGUGGUCGGCUGCUGAGGGACCAAUAUGUGUUGAAUUAUUUUAGUUAGUAUGUGUGCUUUCAAUUUUGGUUAAAUAUGUCCUGCGGUGGCAGAGGAAUUUGGUUUUUUUUGGGUUCGUUUUUUUACGAAUUUGGCCUCUUAUGAUGUUUGUGCGGUAUACUGUGUGUAAUACAAGGCUGCAGGGAGGCUACUGCAUCCAUUCAUUUGUCUGUUCAGUUGAUGUGUGGAUUUGUCCUGCAUUUAUUUUAGUGUGCAGACAUGCAGGGUGUGUUAUAUACAGACCUUUGAAUGUGUAUGUAUCAUUUUGUAUAAUAUGCUUGGAUUCUGUGCUUUCCAUCUUGUAGAGUCACUGUGACUUCAGUUUCGAAAGGAGCUGAUGGUUUACCUGCUUUGUUUUGUCCUUAUUCAAUAAAGGAACAUAAUGUUA